AUGACUUCCGACGAUUCUGAUUUUUAUGGCGACGAUGAUACCAUGGCAGACCUCAAGGCCAGAGUGAAGGAGCUCGAUGUGAAAGAAUGGUGGGGAGAGUAUGAGAAUCUCAAUACUCCUCUAAAACUUCAAGCUCGAAAAGAGGCGACGGUGGUGGAUAGAUCCCAGUUACAUAACCCUUACGCAGGCUUGGAAUACGCUUGGCAACUCACCGAGACAAUCGAGGAAUUCGUGGUACGCGUGCCACCGGCAACAACAGAUGUAACCCCUGAGAGUCGCUGGAUAUGGGUUUGCAACCCGUACAUCCGCCGCAAAAGUAAGCGUGAGGCGAGUAACCAAAUGAUUCGGGGUGGCGAAGAUGAAGCACCUGAAGAACAGGGCGCGGAUUUGCCAAGCGUGGUUGAGGGUGGGAUGGCGAGGCUACAUUUUGCAUCCGAGUUCAUUGACGUUUGCAAGAAUUCCGGUGGCAACCCCAAUUUCGUUCGACGGGAAUGUCAAAAGGCUGGUACAGAUGCGGCGAAGGACAUCCUUGAUCUCGCCCAAACACAUCGUUGGAUGUUGUUCUGCACCGUCUUCCAGGUCAACGAGGUUUGGGAAAUCAUUGCAAAGGCUACAGCAAAUAAUGAGCUUGGAAUUGGUAGUAAGGUUGCGGCACGAUCGAUUGGUGAUAGGAGAACCGAUCGGCUCAUCUGCGUCUACACCGCCGAUUUCACCGACACGAAAGAUGUUAGAAGAGUUGCCAAGAAAUUGAAACAGCUCGGACUUAUCCAGACCAAAGGGAGGCCCUUAUACUACAAACCUGACGUGUACACUUACUUGGGGAUAGCGCAUGGGAAUCCAUGGAAGAUAAGAGCUUCCAUAUACGACACCACGUCUAUGCUAAAGAAGGCUUAG